UGUAAUGAUAGGGCAGCCGCGGCAGGCAGCCACUGCUCCGAGGUGUCCGCGGAGGUGUGAGAGCUGGAGCCCUAGGAACCCACAGGUGCUCCGGAGGAGUAAGGAGGCAGCUAAAGGGGAGAAGACUCCUCUGAGUUUUUGAACUGUGAACACAGUGGCCCUGAGAGACACUCUGGGAGCAAAGAGGAAGGGAUUGGUUACUCACACCAAGAGACACCAAAGUUGAAAGUUUCAGGGUGUUUUUGUUUGCCUGUUUCAUUUUUCCCACCGCGUGUCACUGCAAUGAUCAGAAAGCCUGUUGUGUCCACCAUCUCCAAUGGAGGUUACCUGCCCGGCACUGAUGAGGAGAGGCUGCCUUCCCUGGGUGGCAAGCAGCCCCCUGGGCAGGAGGCAGUGAUGCUGAAGAAGAAAAUUACUUUGCUGAGGGGCAUCUCCAUCAUCAUUGGCACCAUCAUUGGAUCGGGAAUCUUCAUCUCUCCCAAGGGCGUGCUGCAGAACACGGGCAGCGUGGGCAUGUCUCUGAUUGUCUGGACCGUCUGCGGGGCCCUGUCGCUAUUCGGAGCCAUGUCCUAUGCAGAAUUGGGAACAAGUAUAAAGAAAUCUGGUGGUCAUUACACAUAUAUUCUGGAAGUCUUUGGCCCAUUACCAGCUUUUGUACGAGUUUGGGUGGAACUGCUCAUAAUCCGCCCUGCAGCCACUGCUGUGAUAUCUCUGGCAUUUGGACGCUACUUUCUGGAACCAUUUUUUAUUCAUUGUGAAAUUCCUGAACUUGCAAUCAAGCUCAUUACAGCUGUGGGCUUAACUGCAGUGAUGGUCCUCAAUAGCAUGAGUGUCAGCUGGAGUGCCCGGAUCCAGAUUUUCCUAACCUUUUGCAAGCUCAUAGCAAUUCUGAUAAUUAUAGUCCCUGGAAUUAUGCAGCUAAUUAAAGGGCAAACACAACACUUUAAAGACGCCUUUUCAGGAAGAGAUGCGAGUAUUAUGGGCCUGCCACUGGCUUUUUAUUACGGGAUGUACGCAUAUGCUGGCUGGUUUUAUCUCAACUUUGUUACUGAAGAAGUAGAAAAUCCUGAAAAAAACAUCCCCCUUGCCAUAUGUAUAUCCAUGGCCAUCGUCACCGUGGGCUAUGUGCUAACGAAUGUGGCCUACUUUACGACCAUUAGCGCUGAAGAGCUCUUGCUUUCAAACGCAGUGGCAGUGACCUUCGCUGAGAGGCUCCUGGGAAAUUUCUCAUUAGCGGUUCCCAUCUUUGUGGCCCUCACCUGCUUUGGCUCCAUGAAUGGUGGUGUAUUUGCUGUCUCCAGGUUAUUCUAUGUUGCGUCUCGAGAGGGUCACCUUCCAGAAAUCCUCUCCAUGAUUCAUGUCCGCAAGCACACUCCUCUGCCAGCUGUUAUUGUUUUGUACCCUCUGACGAUGGUGAUGCUCUUCUCUGGGGACCUCUACAGUCUUUUGAAUUUCCUCAGUUUCGCCAGGUGGCUUUUUAUUGGGCUAGCGGUUGCUGGGCUGAUUUAUCUCCGAUACAAACGCCCAGACAUGCAUCGUCCUUUCAAGGUGCCGCUGUUCAUCCCGGCUCUGUUCUCCUUCACCUGCUUCUUCAUGGUCGCCCUCUCCCUGUAUUCGGACCCAUUCAGUACGGGGAUUGGCUUCGUCAUCACGCUGACCGGGGUCCCCGCAUACUAUCUCUUUAUUAUAUGGGACAAGAAACCCAAGUGGUUCAGGAGAAUGUCAGGCAAAAUAACCAGGACAUUACAAAUACUACUGCAAGUGGUACCAGAAGAAGAUUGUCAUAAAUCAUGAAUGAAUGCAUUUGAAAUCUUGGCAAUCUAUCCUUGGCCUUGUUUCUGCUCAAAGGGCUGAAACAAAGUGUGGGCAUUCACUUCAUUUUAUGAAAAUCCAGAAGACUGCAACUUUGGAAGGGAAAAAAGAAAUCAGUUAUUUUUAUCCAUAGAUUUUAGCAUAUUCAAACUGGGUUUGAAGAAAUUUAGUUAUAACUCUAUGUGGUUUUAGAAAGCUGAUAUGCAACUGUGCCAUGAGUUCCCAUGAUUCUUGAGUCCCUGACACCUACCUGUUGAGGUGAGGGGAAGAGACUACGGGAUGGACAGUUACUUCAGGGGUCUUUCUCUGUAACAUAUCUUGUCAUGGCCAAGAACCUUUAAAUUGAAAACUGAGGUGUUUUCUGUAUAUUUGGGUUAUGUGAAAACAAUUUUUACAUAUUACAGAUGACCAUACUGUGAAAGUGUUUUCUGUUCUUCUAGAGAAAGAAGAACAAAGGAUGCGUCAUCAUUCUGGACACAGGAAAGAAAGAAAUUUGUUUUACAUUGGCAUUGCAUUGCUUCCUCUUAGAGACCAACUUAGCUGUCACUCACCUUUUAAGGGCUAAUACUCAGAGCAUUUUGAGCAAAGGACAAGGGGAUUUGCCUAACCUUAAUAAAUACAUUAAAGAGGAGCUUUCUAGGAGCUGUUUAUGAGACAAAUCCAGGAAUUAUGUUUAAGUAAAAAUCAUUGAGAAUUUAAUAUGUUAGGAUUUUUUUUUUUCACUCAUUAUCAGGAAGCUUCAUGUUUAUGUGACAUUUUGUUUUCACGGCAGCCCAUUCGAUCAGGGAAGGAUGUAACACCUUUCUGACAGCAAAGCAAUAGUCAGUUUGGUAUUAAAUCCUAUUAAGCACAAUCACCUGUUCCAUGAAUAAUUUACCUUUGAUAGAUAUAUCUUCAAAUUACAAUAUCAACAGAAGACAGAAAUCACCAAGUAAUAAAUGCCCAAAAGAGUAUGCCCAACCCUAUAAUCAUGUCUACAUGCAAUAGUAGUAAUUCUGAACACUUUUUUUAUUUCAUAGUUAUUUUUACAUGGUGAUGAAUUUUGAUAGGUUGUACAUUUCCUUUAUACAUUUUAUAUUCUGUCAAAAUAUCUCUUUGGAUAAAACUGUCCAGAUCAAUUAGGAAAAGACAUAUAUUUACAUAAAAAUUGAGGAAGAAAUGUCACUGCUAAAUAAGAUUCACAACUGAUGUUUCUAAAACUUUUCUACAUCUAUAUCUAGGCAUUGUCAGUAAUUUCCUCACCCUAAUUAUCAGUCAAUUUGCAAAAGAUAUAACUGAUAACAAAGUCAGUAAAA